AGCCGUUUUGAUCCAAGUUAGCCCUGCGAGCCUGUUGCGCCAUGUUUGCGGCUACUCUGUACGUUGGGCUUGCGCUUGCAAGCGCUGCAGAUUGCAAGACUCAGACCAGCGGUCCCUGGCUCUUGCAGCAACACAGCCGUCGCAGCCAAGCAACUUCUGAUGGCAACCAACCCCCGGCUCAACUCAUGUCUUGCCCUGGAGGUGAUGUACAAGUCACAGAGUGCAUGACCCAGGCGCAGUAUGAUGCCAUGAUCGCCGCCGUUCGCGGCCAUCUCGAGUCAUUGCCCUCUACGUGCACUGCCGCAGAUUGCCCUCAGGCAGACUGGGCCGGGUGCAUCUUGCGCAUGGCGGGCCAUGACUUCAUGGACUUUGCCAAUGGCCAAGGUGGCGCGGACGCCUGCACGGACAUGAGCACCUGGGCUGAAUGGCUCCCUUGAAUGCUUCCGGCUCGGGCCGACGUGACCCUGACAAUGCGGGUUUGCGUGAGUGCCUGGUCACUGGAGAGCAUGGCAUCUCCCUCCAGGAGGUGUACCAAAGCUUUUGCACGGAGGUGUCGCUGGCGGAUUUCCUGGUGAUCGCCGCGGAGGCUGUCAUCGCAUCCACCCGUGCGCGGCACGAGCAAGCCACGCCGGGUGCGCCGCAACUCGACCUGCGAAGCUCGUUUCGCUUUGGCCGAACCACCUCACCGUGCACCUCAGUGACAGGAAGCUUGCCCAACCCAGAGGAUGGAUGUGCAGCGGUGGAGCAAGUCUUUGUGAACAAUCUCGGAUUGGACUGGACAGAAGCAGCUGCUUUGAUGGGAGUGCACACCUUAGGCCGUGCUCACAUCGGCAACUCCGGAUACCAUGGCUGGUGGAGCGAUCCCGUGAAUUCUAGACGUUUCAACAAUGACUACUAUGUCUCCUUGCUGGCUAAGGGUUGGAUUCCUGAACUGGCGAUUAACGGAAAUGCGGGCAAGAAUCAGUGGCAGCGUAGUGACGAAGGAGCCGACAACACCUUUGAUGGUCACGAGAUGAUGCUCAACACUGACCUUUGCCUUGUUUACAGUGAGAAUGGACAGAACGGGGGUCCCGUCAUUGCCAGCGAGCACGACUGUUGCGCCUGGCUGACUUCAGAUACGAUUCCAGGCGCUGUUGCCAGCAACGGUGGUGAAUACUGUGGAGGUACCCCCGGCCGCGGCGAGCGUGGCCAAUGCUGCGGCGCGCAGCAAAACGACUGCGGCAAUCGCAACGACCCCAGCGGCCCUGCAGCACAGGCCGUGCUCGCCUUCGCGGCGGAUGAGGCGGCCUGGAUCGAGGCCUUCGACCGCGCCUGGCACCGAGCUACGGAAAGGGGUGCCGAGGGCCUGCGGUCCUUGGGAGACUGCACGGCUGCGACCACCACCAUUGCCACAACGACCACCACGACCACAACGACCACCACGACCACAACGGCUGCAACGACCACCACGACCACAGCGACCACAACGACCACCACGACCACCACAACCAACACGGCUGCAACCACCACAGCGACCACCACACAGGUUGCAACAACCACACAAGGCACAACCCAGGGAACCAGUGCCACAACCACCUCGACUCUUUCCAGCACUUUGGAGUUGCUGCGAGGAUUUAGCCUUGCAGACGGAGGCAUUGACCGCUCCUGCGUGGGGGAUGUUGACGAGGUGGUGAACGUUGGGAACAUCCGAGACUGUCAAGAAGCAUGUGCAGACGCUCGACGAUGCCGCGGGGUGGAGUUCACAGGAGGCGUUUGCACUCUCUGGCGGUCCGUGGACUCCACCGAAAGCGCCGUUGGCUCCGUUUGUUUGCGCUUCCGCAGCAGGGGAGGCAAGGGGCGAGGCGACUAGGAUUGACUUUGCAGAAUGGGCCCCAAUAGCGCAUGCAUAGCAAGGCAUGCCAGUGCCUGUCGGUCUAGCUUGUGACAAAGAACCGGCAUUUUGCGCAGGUGCCCUUUUGAAUUCGUGCGUGGCUCGGCUCAGACCAUGCAUGGGGAUGUGUCUAGUGUUGACUUUGCAACAGAACAGACAUGUAUAGAUGGCCGUUUGCGCAUGCAUAGCAAGGCAUGUCAGUGCUUGUCGGUCUCGCUUGUGACAGAACCGGCAUUUCGCGCAGGUGCCCUUUUGAAUUCGCGCGUGGCUCAACUCGAGACCAUGCAUGCGGAUUUGUCUGGUUCUGCCUAUGUCUUUUAGAGAUCUUAGCAAAUUAUGAAAUUGCUGGCCUUUGUAACCCCCGAUUUGCAGGAUCGAUCUGAAAACUCUGGAUCUGUCUAGUCAAGGG